AUGAGCGUUGAGUUUAAUAACCAUAGUAAAGUGAUACGCAUUUUGGUUCUGCUUUGCUAUAGUCCCCAGGUUACAAUAGCUACAGCGAUAAUCUUCUGUCAUCGAUUCUUCUUUCGCCAAUCACAUGCAAAGAAUGACAGAAGGACAAUUGCUACCGUAUGUAUGUUCCUUGCUGGGAAGGUUGAGGAAACCCCACGGCCUUUGAAAGACGUAAUUUUUGUCUCCUAUGAGAUCAUAAACAAGAAGGAUCCUGGUGCUGCACAGAAAAUCAAGCAAAAGGAAGUAUAUGAGCUACAAAAAGAGCUUAUAUUGAACGGAGAAAAGAUAGUACUUUCUACAUUAGGCUUUGACCUCAAUGUUCACCAUCCUUAUAAACCCCUUGUAGAAGCAAUUAAGAAAUUCAAGGUUGCGCAGAAUGCUCUUGCCCAAGUUGCAUGGAAUUUUGUUAACGAUGGUCUGCGGACAUCACUCUGCCUGCAAUUUAAGCCUCAUCACAUUGCGGCUGGUGCAAUCUUUCUCGCGGCCAAGUUCCUUAAAGUGAAGUUGCCAUCAGAUGGAGAGAAGGUUUGGUGGCAAGAAUUUGAUGUCACACCCCGACAAUUGGAGGAUGUUAGCAACCAAAUGCUUGAGCUUUACGAGCAAAACCGCAUCCCUGUCUCUCAAGGAAGCGAAGUGGAAAGCAGUGUAGCUGGAGGGUCAGCUCAUCGGACAGGCUCCAGAAAUGCAACUUCAGCCGAUGAGCAUGUUGGUUCUCGGCAAACAUCAGUACGUCCAGCCCAUGAACAUUCAAAUUCUGAUAAUCAUGGAGGCUCAUCAAAAGGCAUUUUAAAUCAGAACAAUGAUAAUGGGGGUGGUGAGGCAGCUAAUGUCAGUGUCGAUCACAAAGAGGAGAUAAAGAGAGAAAUAAAAGAAAGCCCACAUCUUGAAAAUCAUCCAGCUCAUAAGGAUAAUGUGAGAGAAGUCCCCCAUAACUCUAGACCUUUAGUUGAUGGACCUGUGAAGGACAACUCGGAAAGAGAAGGCGGGGAGCCUCAAGAUAAUGGCGCUGUUCAUAAAUCUAGAAAUGCUGAUGUGAGUGAUGUCCCAAUCAGCCAAUCGCCAAAAGACUUGAAGUUUCUUCGAGAUAAGGUGAAGGCUCAACGAGAGAAAGCUAAGAAGUUGCUAGGUGAAAGGACGACGAAAAAGGAUUUGAUGGAUGAGGAUGAUUUGAUUGAAAGAGAAUUGGAAGAUGUGGAACUAGCUGUUGAUGAUGAUAAGGCGAAGCAGAGGAACGUGCAGAGCAGGCCAAAGGUCGAGAGCUCCGAUCACGUGGAUACAGAACAUGGUGACAUUUCAGAUGUUAAAGGAAGAGUAAAAAAUACAGAGGAAGGCGAAAUGGUAAACGAUGCGUCCCCGAUGAUGCACAGCAGGAAGAGAAAAAUGGGAAGCCCUCCUGAGAAGCAGUCAGAAGGAAAGAGACGCCACAGUAGUGAGAACGGUGAAGAAGGCCACAAGACGAGCAGAAGUAGUAGUAGUCAUGGUGAUAGAGACCACAGAAGACACUCACAAGAGAAUAACCAUUCAUGAGAGGUAAUGAUUAUUCAGACUGCUACUCUUGAAUUCAUCUUAAUGGUCUUUUUCAAAGACCUUUGGUGGCACUUUGAUGCCCAACCAUGCGAAUUUGACUUCUACAUGGGUCGGUUCAGUCGUUGGAACCAUGCUCAGUGUAUUUUAUAUGUUGAUUAUAUAUCCUAUUUGUGGCGUUUUGCACAAUCCAACGGCUUGAACGAGAACUCAUUAUCCUAAAUGGAUAUUGAGAAGCUAAUUAGGGAACUUAAAAUUUGCAUUAUGCCCUGCUUUUUUCCCCGUCUAAUCGUAAACUAGGCAGCGGAUUGAUUCCGCUAUGCAACUUCAUACUUACAUUUGCUUCCCUUUGCUUUAUAUAUAAGCUCAUUGGAGGAAAGUUUCCUCUGCUAUUGUAAGAUGAGAGUUUUGUCAUUGCUGAGAAACUGAUCAUAGGAAGUAUAGAUUUUGUGGUCAGAGUCCACAUUUACUUGAAAACGUUUUUGUAUUCUACAUUGUUCAACUGAGUUUACUUUCUAUGGCUUGGCUUCUUCUAAAUUUUGUUAUUACAGUAUUUUUCUGAGAUACAUUUUUGAUGUAAAAGAGAAACCUUUGUACGGUAUUGAAGUUAAUUAUGUACUUAAUCUGCC